AUGGAACCAAUUUCCAUUCAUUCUUUGGAGAAUAGAUUAAAUGUCCCCGUGGAGCCUGUCGAGGAAGAGUUCCUCUACCAGCACGACGGUGCCGAUAGGGUCGACAGUCAAUCAUUCGAAGUUAUAUCACAAGUUGGCAAUGGUGCCUAUGGCGAGGUCUGCAUUGUCAAACAUAAAGAAUCAGAUAUGAUAUAUGCAUUGAAGAAGAUACCUUAUCUUGAUGCAUAUGAUACAGAAUUAGUUAAAAAAAGAGCAAUGAGAGAAAGAGACGCUAUGAUUGCUAAUAAUGAAAAGGCCAGUCAGAGAUCACCUCAAUUAUAUUAUGCAUUCAUUGAUAAGGAGGAGGGAUGCUUCAACUUGGUGAUGGAGUACAUAUCGGGUGGAGAUUUCAACCAUCAUGUCUACAAACGAUUGUGUGACAACAACCCUUUUACCAACGAUGAUAUCCAGUUCUAUAUCGCCGAGAUCUUAGUCUGCAUUGAGCAAUUCCACAACAUGGGAUUCCUGCAUCGUGACAUCAAGCCCGAGAACCUACUGAUCAACCGAGACGGUCAUCUAGUUCUCUGUGACUAUGGCAGUUGCAAAGAAAUCGCCAAUCUCAGUUCCAACACCAAGGAGCUGGGCAAUACACCUCCAAACUUCUCAUCAUUCUUGAGAAAUCCGAACAAUUCAUACACAGGUUAUAUUGGUACACCACAAUAUAUGGCAGUGGAAGUUGUCCAAGGCAUAGUCUACUCCAAGUUGUGUGACUAUUGGUCUUUGGGCUGCAUCCUAUUCGAGCUACUCACUGGUAGUCCAUUGUUUGUCGAGUCGCCAGACACCACUGAACAAAAGAUUAGACAAAACAUUGGCAACUGGAGAGGAUUGUUGAACACCGCCUUCAGCAAGAAUAAGAAUAUACCAAAGUCUGCAGAGUCCCUCAUUAGAGAUCUUAUUGCACCAGAGAGAAAGAGAUUGGAUUCUACAUCGAUCAAGAAACAUCCAUUCUUUGAGGGAAUUGAUUGGGAUGCCAUAACCAAUCUCCAGGCUCAGCCUCCUUAUAUCCCGACAGCAGCUCAUCCAGCUGACACUGCUUGCAAAGGACAAUGA